CCCCAAAGAUCACCGAGAGGUCGACAUGGCAACAUUCUCAGCCAUCCUGCUGUCGGUGCUGGCGCUGGUGACGGCUGCCCAAGAGAUUCAGACACUUCAAGAUCUAUCCAACACGCUGCUCCUCAACCAGCUGGCAAUGUCCAACAUGCUGGCUGAACGCGACUCCGGAACCAGAGUAAUAAGAGAGUGGCUGAACGACCUGCAAUCAAACAUUACCUCCGAAAUAGCGGCUUUGCAGAACGUUGUUAAAGCUAAUGGUGUUCCCCAAGAUGCUGGUAAAGGGGUCGUGGAGUGCGUGGCACCGUUUGUGGACGUGUAUGGUCACUGUAUCUUCGUGGAGACGGCACUGACGGGAACUUGGGAAACAAUGAGACGUCACUGUCAGCAGAAGGGCGGCGAGAUUGUCAAGGUUGACUGUGGCAACUUCAUGUAUUACCUCGUCAGGUACCUUCACAGUAACGGUCUGGCUAAGUUGUCUUACUGGGUCGGUGGGAGAGAUGAAGGCCACGAGGGAUCUUACUUCUGGACUGAUGGUACCCAGGUCAAGAUGGGAACCCCCUUUUGGGGUGACGGCAUUACUGACAAUAUUCAGGAGCCCGACGGAGGAACCACUCAAAACUGCAUAGCAAUGUUCAGGGAAGAUCAUUAUUUUUUCUUUGAUCUUCCUUGCCAGGAAAUUCGUGGAGUUAUUUGUGAGAAACUGAAAUUGCCUUAAAUUGUCAUAGCUGCCUUCUAUCCUUGAAGUAUCAGCUGCCUCCUGACCUUGGAGUAAUACUUACCACCUGACCUUGGAGUAACUCUUACCACCUGACCUUGGAGUAACAUAUACCUCCUGACCUUGGAGUAACACUUGCCUCCUGACCUUGGAGUAACACUUGCCUCCUGAUCUUGGAGUAACUCUUACCACCUGACCUUGGGGUAACACAUACCUCCUGACCUUGGAGUAGCACCUGCUCCCUGUCCUAGUACUAACACCUGACUUGCGUUUCUCAAGGAGCACCUCCGAGGCCUGGCAGGUCAUCACUAGGACCAAGUGUGUACCUGGGGCAUUUAGCUAAUACAAUAUGUAAUAAUAAAGUGGUGAACUCUUUGAUUCAUAUGAUAAAUUAUAAUAUACAUGAUUAAUGAGAAAAUAAUUUGAGGUUCCUGCAACUUGAACUGCACACGAGCACUCCCCCAAGCUGUACAACACAUGUACACUCCUCCAAACUGUUCUGCACAUGAGCACUCCUCCAAGCUGUACAACACAUGAGCACUCCUCCAAGCUGUACUGCUCAUGAGCACUCCAAAUGUACAGCACAUGAGCAUUCCUCCUAGCUGUACUGCUCAUGAUCACUUCUUGAAGCUAUAUCAUUAAAUAAUCCAAUUUCCCUUAACCUUACCCAUAACUAGGGGCUCUAUCUCCCCUCUCCUCUUAUCUCGAAAAUAAGGGUAAAUUAUGGAUAAUUAAGGUGAAAAUAUAUUUUCACAUAUUAUUCAAAUAUAUCCUAAUUUAUCCCUAAUGAACCCUAAUUUAUGUAAUAUUAUCUUAAUUUAUGUAAUAUUAUCUUAAUUUAUGUAAUAUUAUCUUAAUUUAUGUAAUAUUAUCUUAAUUUAUGUAAUAUUAUCUUAAUUUAUCUCAUAUAAUCUAUAUUUAGGUCAUAUUAUCUUAAUUUAUGUCCUAUUAUCUUAAUUUAUGUCAUAUCUUAAUUUAUCCAUAUCUGACCCUUAUUUAUGUCAUAUUAUCUAAAUUUAUCCCUAAUUUACCCUUAUUUAUGCAGCCCAUCCUCCAAAAAUGGGGUCAUUAUGACAUAUUACCCUAAUUUUUAAUAAUUUAGAAAAUGUAGAGGGGUCUUAUCUUCAAUAUAUAGAAUAAUUUCAAGGUAAAGGGGGGGUGGGGGUUUAUUAAGCCCUUAAUUAUAGGUUAGGUUAAGAAAAUUUGAUUAUUUAAUGAUAUAGAUAUAGGGAAUCUUAUCGCUUUCCUUAGAAUAUGUGUAAAAUGGAAUUCAGAUCCAGGUAUAAAGUUAGGUACAGGCUGGUUAAUUUAAGCUAAUGAAGAGAAAAUGCCCAAUAAUAACACAUUUCCAUUAACCCGGGUAAUUGAGGUUAGAAAGGCUGGCUUGCUUGUAAUGACGUAAAAACAAACAUGGCUAAGAAUAAGAGGCAACUUUGGACCAAGAUCCUGGUAUCAGAGGCUAAGUCCAGGGCGGUUGGGUUGAUGAAAAAAAAAACAAAAAAAACUUUCCAAACGUACGAUACAUUUGACGUUAGGUCAAGGCAUGUUAGGUUCAGGGUUGUUGAGUCCACAUCCGAAACAAAACAUUGCUAGAAAUGUUGAACAAAGAUCCUAACUAGGUAGCUGAAUUGAUGUGUAAAACAAACACUUUUCUAGCAAUAUAGUUGCAAUAUUGAGCAUAUACACAGGCAGGUUUAGCACAGGGUAGUUAGGUGCAUAUUCAAAACAACACUUUUCUAAGAAUAUAGAUACAAUAUUCAACAAAGAUCCAUGCAGGUUAGGUACAAGUCAUUUAAGUUUAUAUCCAAAAUCAAUCCUUUCAAAACAAUGAAGUUGCAAUAUUCAGCAAAGAUCUAUGCAGGUUAGGCACAUGUCUGUUAGUGUUUUAACCCAAAUUAACACCUUUACAAGAAUAUGUCAUAAUAAAGGUUAGGCCCUAGGUGGUUAAGUUGUGGUAAUAUGAGGAAAAAUGACUUGUAACUACAAGGCAAUAUUACACACUUAUGUAAUAUUGAGUGUAAAUGUGUGUUUUAUGCUGAGUGUUAUGAUUUCGUGUAUUUUUAGUGUAUGUAUAAGUGGAACACUGUGUGUGUAUAGUGAUUAAUUGAUGUGAUAUAGUGAUUAUUUAUGUGAUUAAUUGUUGUAUGCUAGUAUGACUUUUAUCUCAAAUUAUUAUUAAGCAGAUUUUUUUUUAUUUCAAUGCGUCAUAAACAUCCUGGUUCAACCAUAUGAACAGUAUGUUGGUUGGUAUUUAAUCACGUAAUUACGAUAUUUGGUGUGUUUGAAUAAAUAGGAUAAGUUCACAAUAUUUUUGGACUUGCGUUAAUAUUAUGGUUACCUUGCUGAUUGUCAUGCAUCGAUAUGAAUUAACAGUACAAAAGUUUCACUUGGGGUGAAUUAGCUGUUGGGAUACUGAAAUCUUGUUCUUAAGUCACUGCACAUCCUCUUAUGUGUACCCUAUAUAUUUAAGACUCAGAACUGUAAUGUCAAUCCUGACCUUAAGAGUUUCCUAGAAGGUUGUAACAGAACCCAUGGGCUCCAUUCCAGUACCAAUUCCUAUUUGAUAUUCCAAGAGUGCGACUUAACCAAACUAGAAAUGCUCUACAAAUCAAGGGACCCAGAUUGUGGAAUGACCUCCUCAAUCAUGUCAAAGGUUGUACCUCUCUCAACCAGUUUAAAAGAAAAACUAAAUACUAUUUCUAAUGAACUCCUUGUAACUUACUUUACUCCUUAAAUGUCAACCUAUGUCUUGCUAUUUUCAAACAAUACUCUUUGUUGAGCAAGUUGUAUAAUUGCUGAUUUCUGCCAUGUUCCCCACUCCUCCCUUUUUUCCUUAUUUCAACACAAUUUAUACUUUAAUCUCAGUUAGUAUUAAUCUUUAGUGUAAGGGGUUUUUCUCCCCACACUUUGCCGGAAACGUUGUAUUAGUUACUUUAGGUAUUAUAUGUACUAACUCUAUCUAUAAAUCAAACAUUAUGUUUGUAACUCAUCUUCUAUGUACGUAUUUUUUCCUGAAUAAACAUUUUGAUUUUGA